AUGACGUUAAGUGGAAUGAAAGUUUCACUUCCAAUUGACGUUGACAACCCUUCAUCCAACAUACCAUCUGCGGCUGCUGGAAUAGCGUUUGCUGCUGCUGGAGCAGCGAUUGCUGCUGCUGCUACUGGAACUGCGGCUGCUGGAGCAGUGAUUGCUGCUGCUGGAGCUGCGGCUGCGACUGCUGGAACAGCGUUUGCUGCUGCUGCUGCUGGAACUGCAGCUGCUGGAGCAGCGAUUGCUGCUGCUGGAGCUGCGGCUGCGGCUGCUGGAGCAGCGUCUGCUGCUGCCGGAACUGCAGCUGCGGGAGCAGCGAUUGCUGCUGCUGCUGGAACUGCAGCUGCUGGAGCAGCGAUUGCUGCUGCUGAAACUGCGGCUGCUGGAGCAGCGACUGCAGCUGCUGGAGCUAGUAGUGGUGGUGGUGGUGGUGGCGGUAGCUGCCAGUCAAUAGGGUUGUUCCGUGGGAAUGGCGGCUGGUACGCAUGCUGGCCUCAGCCGCGGGCAACCCUAUAG